AUGGCUAUUUCGGAUGACUAUGAAAACAGAUUGCAUUCAUUUUGUGCAAAAAUGUCACCAAUGCCGAUUCAUGGUGAUUUGAUCCGCGUCCCACCAAAUGAAUUAAAUGUGACAAGUUCUCCUUGGCCAUUUGCAGCAUAUGGAUGUUAUUGGUCCUAUCGAGCCGCCGCGUCAAAUGGACAUAGGUUCAUUUUGGUAGCCAUCGACUAUUUCACGAAAUGGGUAGAAGCAUCUUCGCACAAGUCAGUGACGAAGAAGGUGGUGGUAGACUUUGUUCGCAACAACAUCAUUUGCCGAUUCGGAAUUCCUGAGUCAAUCAUAACCGAUAAUGGAGCUAAUCUUAAUAGCGGUCUGAUGCGGGAGAUUUGUGAGACAUUUAAGAUUACUCACCGCAAUUCCACCCCUUAUCGACCUCAGAUGAAUGGAGCAGUCGAAGCAGCCAACAAAAACAUCAAGAGAAUAUUGCGAAAGAUGAUUGAUAAUUACAGACAAUGGCACGAAAAACUGCCGUUGGCCCUUCUCGGUUAUCGCACCACUGUUAGGACUUCAACUGGGGCAACGCCUUAUCUUUUGGUCUAUGGAACAAAAGCUGUGUUACCUGCGGAGGUGGAGAUACCAUCGUUGAGGAUUAUCCAAGAAGCUGAGUUGAGUGAUGCCAAAUGGAUACAAAAUCGUUAUGAACAAUUGAUGCUCAUUGACGAAAAGAGAAUGAACGCGAUUUGUCAUGGACAGCUUUAUCAGAACAGGAUGGCCAAAGCUUUCAACAAGAAGGUAAGACCAAGGCAGUUCAAACCGGGGCAAUUGGUAUUGAAGCGCAUAUUCCCAUGCCAAGAGGAAGCUAAAGGAAAAUUUGCACCCAAUUGGCAAGGACCUUAUAUGGUUCAUCGGGUAUUAACUGGAGGAGCACUGAUUUUAGCAGAAAUGGAUGGCGAAGUGUGGCGAAAGCUAUCAAUGCAGAUGCCGUCAAGAGAUACUACGUCUAAGAGUUUUUCAUUUAUUUUGCAUGUAAUGUUUGUAAUGCCUUUCUAUGUAAUGAAAACUACAUUUCCUCGGCAAAUUUCUAUAUUUAGGAAAACCCAUAUUCUACGGGUUCUCUCUUUAAGAUAG